AUGUCUAUAUCCGCAGAUUCUAUAAAGAAUAAUGAUGAUAUUUUAUUUACAAAUAAUGAUUAUGUUUUCGAUGAAAUUCUUGAGAUUGACUCUAAGCGACUUCGUGCACUUCACGAAAUAGAUAAUGCAAAUUUUCAAUGGUUUCAUAUUAGGGCUUGUGUGGUAUCUGGAGUUGGCUUUUUUGCGGACGCCUACGACUUGUUUGUCAUAAAUUUGGUUUCUACUAUGAUAGGUUAUAGUUACUUUAACCAUGACGGUGAAGUUCCAGCAAGUAUCGAUAUGGGAUUAAAAAUGUCUGCUGCAUGUGGAACUCUAGUAGGUCAACUAUUUUUUGGUUGGUCUGCUGAUCAUUAUGGACGAAAAAAAGCGAUGAUGGCUGCCGUUUUUGCUAUGCAAGGUUUUGGGAUUUUAUCCGCGGCUAUAGUAUCAGUGGUUACUUUGUCGAUCUUCAAGAACGAGAUAACAAGAGAUUUCAGAUACAUUGAUUAUGUGUGGCGAGUAGUAUUGGGAUUUGGUGUGCUUCCGGCAGUUAUAGCGUUAUAUUUUCGACUGACAAUCCCUGAAACACCACGUUAUACGAUGGAUGUAUUGCAUGACAUCGAAAAAGCAAAAGACGACAUCGAUGCCCUAUUAGUGAAGGAUAGGUAUAUGGACGCUAAAAAUAAACCUAUUUAUUUGGUAGAAGCUCCUCGCGCAACGUGGGAGGAUUUUAAGAAUUACUUUAGUCAAUGGAAAAAUGGUAAACUUUUAUUAGGAACCUCGAUCUCGUGGUUCGUAUUGGAUGUUGCAUUUUAUGGCAUAGGAUUAAACAAUGCAAUAAUUUUGCAAGCCAUCGGUUUUGGAAAUAGUUCAGACCACUUUAGUACUCUAUGGAAUAUGUCUGUUGGCAAUAUUAUCAUCAAUAUGUUGGGCACGGUUCCGGGAUACUGGCUUACUGUUUUUCUAGUAGACAGAUGGGGACGUAAAAGCAUCCAAAUAAUGGGAUUUGCCAUUCUUACUAUAUUAUUUUUAAUUAUGGGAUUUGCUUAUGAUGCUAUCGUGCAACAAUCUGUG